AAGAGUUAAAAAUGGCUUGUGCACAAUACUGCCCGACUGCGCCGUUUACUCAGGCUAUUAUAGAGGCUUUAGGAAAUUAAAAUCUGCCACCUAAUGAUUGGAAACAGGUUGCUUGGGCUUGUUUAUCUGGAGGAGAUUAUUUACUAUGGAAAUCUGAGUUUGCUGAGCAGUGUGGGAUCACAGCCGAUAUCAAUCGGCGACAGGGACUGAACACCACUUAUGAAAUGAUGGUGGGAGAGGGAGAUUAUCGAGACACUAAUAGUCAACUUAAUUAUUUGCCUGGAGCCUACUCUCAGAUUAGUGCUGCGGCUUUACGGGCAUGGAAAAAGCUUCCAAAUUCUGAUAAAAAGACUGAAGAUUUAUCUAAAAUUCGCCAGGGGCCAGAUGAACCACAUCGGGAUUUUGUUGCCCGCCUGCUUGAGGCAAUUGGUGAAGUGAUAGGGGAUGAACAGGCGGGGAUGGUGUUGGCUAAACAGCUUACUUAUGAGAAUGCCAAUUCGCCUUGUCAAGCUGCCUUGAGACCUUACAGAAAAAAGGGAGGCUUAUCCGAUUAUGUACAGAUUGGUGCCGAUAUCGGCCCUUCCUACGUUCAAGGCAUAACUUUGGCCGCGACAUUACAGGAAAAGACAGUCAAAGAAGUACUGUAUCAACAACAAAAGCGAGAUAAGGGAUAAAAUUUUGCAAUUUGCUCACUAUCACCAAUUUCUCUUCCCAAAAAUUGUUGUUUCUCAGCCCCUAACUGUAUUUACUGAUGGCUCUUCUAAUGGAAUAGCUAGUUUGAUUAUACAGGACAAUACCACCGCCUGACGUACUAAUUAUAAGUCUGCUCAAGAAGUAGAACUAUUUGCCAUUUUUCAGGCUCUAUUACAAAUCUCUGCUCCAUUUAAUUUAUAUUCAGACAGUCAAUAUAUCAUAAGAGCCUUAAACAUUAUUUAGAUUGUUCCAUUUAUUGGUACCCUGAAUUCUACUAUUCAAACUCUUUUUCGUGAUAUACAACAUUUAAUUUGUUCCAGAGUUAAUAAAUGCUAUUUUGGUCAUAUUCGUGCUCACUCUGGACUUCCUGGACCUUUAGCACGAGGCAAUGCUUUGGCUGAUGAAGCUACACGUAUGAUAUUUCCUUCAUUGGAACAAAUGGCAAAAACUUCUCACAGCUUACACCAUCAAAACAGCAAUAGCUUGAGACUUCAAUUUGGCAUUACUCGAGAAGCUGCCAGACAGAUUGUUAAGCAAUGUCAAACAUGUCCUCAAUUUUUUAGCGUCCCCCAUUAUGGAGUUAAUCCCCGAGGAUUGUUGCCAAACGAUAUAUGGCAAAUGGAUGUUACCCAUAUUCCUGAAUUUGGUAAACAAAAAUUUGUUCAUGUUACUAUUGACACCUUCUCCGGCUUCUUACAUGCCUCUCUACAAUCCGGAGAAGCUAGCAAACAUUGUAUAGCUCAUUGCAUUAAAUGUUUUGCUGUUAUGGGAACCCCUAAGACCAUAAAAACAGACAAUGGUCCAAGAUACACUAGAAAAAAUUUUCAACUAUUUUGUACGCAAUUGUCUAUCUCACAUAAAACAGGUAUCCCUUAUAAUCCUCAAGGUCAAGAAAUUAUUGAACGGGCACAUCAAACUCUCAAACAUCAAUUACAAAAACUAAAAAAGGGGGAUUUGUAUCCCAAUACCCCCUCCAACUCUCUAAACCAUGCUUUAUUUGUUCUAAAUUUUUUACAAUUGGAUAUAAGUUCAGCAGCACAGCGAUUUUGGAAUUUUGAUGCGCAAACAAUAAGACCUAAAGUCUUUUGGAAAGACCCACUUGUGGGAAAAUGGUAUGGACCAGAUCCUGUACUAAUCUGGGGACGAGGGCAUGUUUGUGUUUUCCCACAGGAUGCCAAAGCGCCGCGCUGGCUGCCGGAAAGGAUGUCUUUUUGUUGGGGAGUCAGGAUAUGCUGAUCAUGACAAUGGUUGGAGCCUAUACAUUACUGGAGUAACGAAAGAAUCUGGAAUUCCUCAACGACGUAAUGGAACUGGUCCUUUAGAUAUCCCUUUCUGCGACUUUGGAACAAGGGGAAGAGUCACUGCUGCACCAUGGAAACUGUGUCGAGAUGGAACUGCUACAGUUUAUAACAUAUUUGGGACAAAUGAGUCAUUGUGGGACUGGUCUCCAGACUCGGCCCGAAACCCUGGAGCUCAGGACAAUAGGAACUUUGCAUCCCGUAUUUGGAACUUGGGUGGCUCUAAAGUGUUCCAAACAGAAAUCUGGAAAUUAGCUGCUGCCCUUGGAUGUGAGGGUUCCUACCUUCAGGUGGGAUCGAAAGUGAGACACGGUUAUUUAUGGAAUCUCACCAUGAGGUACCCUCGUGCAUGUGUGCCUCACCCUUAUGCUUUACUAGUAGGAUCUGUAAACAUACAACCUGGGUUACAAAAUUAUGAUGUAACUUGUAACAAUUGUACCUUAACUAACUGCAUUAGGGGAAUUACUAAUCAAACUAGGGUUCUAGUCUUAAGACAGCCUGCUUUUGUUAUGGCUCCUGUAAAGAUCAAUGGGUCUUGGUAUGAUGAAAGAGGACUUGAACUUUGGAGAGAAGUAGAGGGUGCUUUAAUGCGUUAUCAUAGGGGAAUAGGGUUAGUAAUUCUGGGAUUUGUAGCUUUGGUAACCCUUAUUGCUUCCUCGAUUACUGCAGCCCUGACCCUGGCACACUCAGUGCAAACUGCAACUUUUGUUAAUAAUCUGGCACAAAAUGUAUCCGUUACCCUGGGGACUCAAGAAGAUAUUGACAAAAAGCUAGAAGAUUGAUUGAAUGCCCUUUAUGAUGUUGUAAAAUUUUUAGGUGAAGAGGUUUAAAGUAUAAAGUUGAGAUUACGGGUACAAUGUCAUGCUGAUUUUCGAUGGAUCUGUGUUACCCCCCAAAAAUAUAAUGGUAGUAUAACUGCUUGGGAUAAGGUGAAAGCUCAUUUAGAAGGUAUUUGGCAUAAUGAAAAUAUUUCCUUAGAUUUACUGCAUCUACAUCAAGAAAUAAUGAGCAUUGAAAAUGCACCUAGACCUGAUUUGGAUGUUGCAAAAAGAGCUGAGUCUUUUGUUAAAGAACUUUUUCGACAUGUACCUACCGUCAAUAGUAUCUGGUACUUGGGAGUGGCCAUAGGAGGACUAUUCUUAAUAAUUUUAACUGUUUUAUUUCUUGCACCUUGUUUAAUUAAAAAACUGAUUGAUGAUCUA